AUGUCUACACAACGAAAAGCAUAUAAGAAUCAUCUGAAAAGAUUUAGUAAUAAUUCAUCGUCAUCAUCUAAUAAUAAUAGUUCUUCGACUGAAUUAACUAGUUUGUUGGAAAUGUUCCCAGACUGGGAAGCAGAUGAUUUAUCAAGUUUAUUGUCUGAACAUAAUAAUAUCUUAGAAGUCGUCAUUGACUUAAUUGUUAACAAUAAAGUUGCCAAAUGGGAACCAAUCAAAAAGGAAGCUAAAAAUAAGAAGAAAGAAAAGGAAAAUGAUGAGUUUGUUAAUGUGCCUAAUACUACUGUUACUGCAAAUAACACAACACAUAGUAGUUCUGCCGAGCAUGGUCAUAAAUUAAAUAAAUAUCACAAAGAGGCACAUCCAUCCAACAAUAAGUCUAAAUUCAGUUCAAAGGGACCUCAUAGUAAGAAGCCACAUCCAAAGUUUGCCGGCAAGGAUGCAUCUCCUAGCGCACCAACUGCAACUGCAAAUGCAACUACAUCUACAUCUACAUCUACAUCUGGAGCUACAUCUGCGCCAUCGUCAAAUUCAUGGGCAGCAGCAUUAUCAAAGGAUGGAGUAAAGGUAAAUAACAAGUCACAUAAGGAAUCAAAGUCACAACCAGAAACUGAACUUGAACCUGAACCUGAACCUGAACCAGUGGCACAAGCUGGCGAAGAACCAGAAGUAAUCAUUGAACAGACAACAACAGUCAUCGAAUCUACAGAAACACCAACCGCCACUAGUAAAUCAAUCUUAAAAGAAGCUACAGUUCCACAACCUAAGCAAGGAUCAUGGGCAUCAGCUAUUACUCCAAAGCCAAAGUCAAAGCCACGCACUAAACAGGCUGUAUCCCAAGAAGCCGCCGAAUCCAAGGGUCAAUUUGAACAAGCUCAAGAAGAGCCAGUCGAAUCCAUCGUUAUUGAAGAAACCACCACCACUAUUCCAGCUGAAUCUGUUCCAGUUGAAGAAACCAAAGAGCAACCAGCCCAAGUGGUCUUACCAACCUCUUCUCAACAAUUAGGCUCAGUUGGUGUAUCUUUUGGUUCAUUAUCUUUAGGUGAAGACGAAAAGGAAUCCCAACCAGAGCAAUCAGCAGAAGAAGUUUCUGCUCCAGCAGCUGACCAAUCUCAACAACAACAACGUUACGGCUUAUACAAUAACCAAGCCCAAAACCAAAACCGUUACAACCAACAA